UCUGCCCCGAGUGUCCUCUUCUUUAUUCUGUUUCAGGAAUGUUCCCCAGCCCCUCAAGGCGGAUUGUGCUCACCCUGCUACAACUGGGCCAGUGUCUAACUCUCUCGGUGUCUCCCUGGCCAUCUGGUCCCCAUACUCCAGAGGGAUCUGCGGGGCUGCACAGUCACCCCAGUCUCUCCCAGACCAGCAGCUCUGGGCCACAGUCAACACCCAGAACUGGAACCCUUGUCUCUAUAGGCCCCCAUCCCCUUCUAGCAGUUUCCUCUCCCAUUCUUAAACAGCAAAAUCUUUUCUGGAGUCCCUUGCUUAUUUUCUUCACCUCAGGGCAACUGCAAAACUACCAUCCCCACCCCCUCUUUCCUGGCCUGAGGGCCAGCUCCUCAUCUUGAAGAACCAGUCUGGGGGCCCUCCCUGAGGCUACAGGGCCCCAAGGGCAGGUUGGACUGGAUUCUCCUCCUGCCCCUCCCACCCUCAAGACAAAAUCAGCCACCCCAGGACAGGACCUCACUGGCCUCAGGAAACCCCAGCCCUGCCAGUGCCUGUUCCAGGUUCCAGCUUCCAGCCCAGCAUGGCAUCUCCGAUGCCCAUCCAGACCGUGCCCUUCAUCCUGGUUCUGCUGGGUAUCUUGGCUCCAGGAGCUGCAGAGUUCAACAUCUCCAGCCUCUCUGGCCUACUGUCCCCAGCACUCACAGAAAGCCUGCUAGUCGCUUUGCCCCCCUGCCACCUCACGGGAGGCAACGCCACACUGAUGGUCCGGAGAGCCAAUGACAGCAAAGUGGUGAAGUCCAGCUUUGUGGUGCCUCCGUGCCGCGGACGCAGAGACCUGGUGAGCGUGGUGGACAGUGGCGCUGGCUUCACCGUCACCAGGCUCAGCGCGUACCAGGUGACCGACCUCGCGCCGGGAACCAAAUACUACAUUUCCUACCAAGUGCAGAAGGGGACGACCACCGAGUCCAGCCGAGAGACCCCGAUGUCCACCCUUCCUCGAAAGAGCAUGGAGUCCAUUGGGCUGGGAAUGGCCCGCACAGGGGGCAUGGUGGUCAUCACGGUGCUGUUGUCUGUUGCCAUGUUCCUGUUGGUUGUGGGCCUCAUUAUUGCUCUGGCACUGGGUGUUCGAAAGUGAAGAGCCUGUCUGCAUGGUGAUGAAGUCCAGCACUGUCCCCGUCCCCAGCUGCCUCCUCCCAGACCUCAGCCACCCCCCUUCUUCUCCCUGCUUCUCAUCUCCCGCCCUCUGUCCUUCUUGGGGUCUUCCAUGUCUCACCUCCCAACACUCCCUACCAGUCUCCUCCCCUCUACUGUCGGCCACCUUUCCUCCCAUCUACCCACUCUACCCUCAUAACAACCUCCUCCUCCCUUUGUGACCUUGUAGCUAUAAUAAAGGCUGACCGCCACACCUUUGUGUCUCCCUUAAUAAAGUCCCCUUGGGUGUAGACCUAUAUGUCAGGCCGCAGGUGCACCCUGUCUCCUUCCUAGCCCAAGGCCCAGACUGGAUCUUCUUAUGAGGGAGGCAGUCAGGGGAGAGGAGAGGAGAGCCAAAACGCACACCAAUCAAGGUUUAUUCAAUUCUUUGACAGUGCAAGAACAUUAGUUCUGUAACAUUAGUCAAUUCUAUUAUUGGUCUUAUAUAAACAUAAACAUAAAUACACAUACAUAUACAUCUAAAAUUUGAAUUUUUAGAAACUUUAGUUGUGUUUUCAACUUUGGAAAAAGUAUUCUAGUUUACUGUGUUAGCACUGUACAGAAAUGAACUACCUUAUUGACAUAGAAACUUUAACCUGCACUCACUGCACUAAAUUUGUGAGGCCUCAUCUCUGCGGGUUUGGUUACAAACUAAAUGUUCUAAAUAGUAAUUUAAAAAUGCAAUAAAAAGUAGAGCUGGGCACCCAUGGCUCAAAAAAGGAAGUAUAUAGGACAAGAAAAGAGCUAGGGUUGUAACUCAGUGGUACAGCACUUACUUGGCCAGGUAUAUGUGAUGUCAUGGGUUCUACUCGUAGCACUGCAUGAGGAAAAAAGACAAUGGAUUAUCCGUCACUCUAAAAAUAAGAGGAAAAUUCCUUAGACUAAAUUUAAUAGGUGAAUUUGAACAAAGACAAAGUAUGUUUGGGGGAAUUUGGCAGCUGCCAGACCAGAGCAGGUUCUGAGAAGUCCCAAUACCACUACAAUUUGACAACAGUGAUAGGAAGAAAUGAAGUGUAAACUCCAAUAUGGAAGCUAGGCCUAAAAGGCAUGAGCAUACCUAUAGAGCCUCAUUUACAUACCAAUACACAGAACAUGAAUCCAACUAAUGGACUACUUAGGGAGAGGGAAGAAAAAAAGAAGAAAAGUGG